GAGAUGACACUGCGUGACUUCAGGAAAAAGCUGCCAGUGUCCGUGCAGGAGUACAACACCAUGAUGACAAAGACCAUCAUAUCAUGUGACGUGACUCGAGUGUUGGGAACUUCAGGCUCUGACUAUAUAUUCAUCGUGUUCAACAAUCGCAUUCGCUGUAUAUCACUAUUUUCGGGGCAGACUGUUGUCAGGAAAGGUCCAUUACCAAGUGCUGAUGAUGAGCAGGAGGAUGAAGAGGAAGACACUGAUCGCUUCAACGGCUGUAUUAUUGAUGAGACCCUUCUAGAUCUGCCCCUAUCCACAGACUGUACAGUGGUCAGCUUUGAAGGCCGAAUACACCUGGUCCUGUUUGCAAGGAAAAUGUCCAAGAUGUACAUAGUCACGUUCACAGACAAAAACAAUUAUGUAGACAGACGGGCUCUGUGGAAGACGUAUACCACAAUACCAAAUCAUCAGAUUGUCCCACGUGAACUAAGAGUGAACACGAGUGAUUGGCUGAUGGACGACGUACAACACGUGAGUGUGGCGGCACGCAAGAUACUCCUACGUAAGGUGGAUAUGGAAAUGAGGAAGGCGGGGCUUAUCAGGGACCAUCCACGCACCAUUAAACGAAUCAUGCUGUCAGACAAAGUGGAAAAUUACAAGACACUUGAUAAAACAGUCACAGAGAGAGCCUUGCUGGACAAGGAAGCGGUGAUGCAGAGACGGGCUGCAAGUCGAGCUGAGACUGCCAGCCCAAAAAUAGACGAGGACGAUAAAUUCUAGUGAUCUUGUUGCCUUAGUGAUAUCAUAUGAAAUGCGAUUCCUUUUCUAUGGAGCCUGAUACCAUAGCUUCUAGUGAUAUUCUCGCAUAUUGAUUUCAUU